CUUCGAUCUUCCAACAGCCAAUCACGAGCGAAAAUCCCGAAGUCGGCCAUGUUCUAUGCCCGAAGUGUGUAAAGAUGCUCAUAUAACGCUAGUUUUCUGCGUUUUUCGGACAGCCUGUGUACACAUCUUCCAAGGAAUAUGGCCGAGGAAGGUUGUGUGGAGAUAGGGGAGGCAAACACAGGCUGCAAGAUGGAGGAUACAACAUCCAGUCUAGGGGCUGCCCCUGUUGUCUGUUUGGUUUGCGACUGUGUGAUUAAGGAGCUCCACAGACAGGAUGUGCCCAAUGUGUUCCUUGAGAGUAGUGUGACAUCUCAUUCUCAGCAACAACUGGCAAACAUGCUGUCAGUCAUUAUAAAAAGUCCCCUAGAAUCAUCACAGGUCUAUUCCAAAACCCUUUGUCGAAGGUGCUUCAGGCUCUUGGAUGAACUAGAUGGUAUUGAGCAGCGGUCAGUAGUUCUAAAGACAACCAUUGAAGAGCUCUACAAUCGCUCGCUUCUGAGGCGCAUGAAAGGGCCUCGUGUGAACGAUGAAGAGACGAUUGGUGCUAUGGACUUGGGUUUACCUGAAGAUGACGAGGAAGAUGAUGGCUCUAAAAUCUCAGUGAAAGUGGAGCCUCUGGAUGAUGACGAUGACUUUCUGGCCGAUGAGCUGCGGCCAGAGGACCAGGGCAUCCGGCCUGAUGACCCAGAGUUCAACCCAGCACACGACAACACGUGGCGGAGCAAGUCACGUAGUAAGGGCAGGGGCAGGGGCAGGGGUCGAAGCAGAGGUCGUGCAAGAGGACGGGGCAGAGGGCGGGGCCCAGGGAGACCCCCAAAGAACAUAAAAGAUGAGGAAGCUGCAGCCAGUAAAGCUGGAGAAUCUCUUGGGGAGAAACUGGGGCAACUAGUCAACAAAAUACUAGGAGAUGAUGAGAGUGAAGAGCCAGUAGACAUGGAGACAGAAACUCCCACAACCUCAGUAGAAGAAGUGGAAGAAGAAGUGGAUGCCACAGAGAAGGCAUUACAGGUGACCCGCCCCCGGGAGCCUGGGAAGCGAGUCCCCGUGCUCUCUUGGAAGAUGCGGCUCAGCAUGGCCGAGCUGUCACGCAAAUCCAAGUCCUUGCCACAGUCUGAGAGCCAGAGGGAGGCUAAAAGGGAGCCAAAAGGCCCUGAGGAUGGCCAGGAGCUGAGGGCCAAGCGCCAGUACCGCAAGCGGCCACACAUCAUUCACCUGUGCAAAUUCUGCAUGAAGGUGUGCCCCACAGGAGAGAAGCUGAAGGAGCACCAGAGAACACAUGACUCCAUUGAGUGCCAAUUCUGUGGCAAGGUAAUGGCACGCAUUGGGGCCUGGGAAAACCACCUCAAGACCUUCCACAAUGUGGAGAUCCAGGUGCCAGGCAGUGAAGAGGCACUCAACCGUCCUAAAGAGGAGGUCGACUGCCGCAUCUGUGGCAAGCAGUUUUCCUCCAAGACUGCAUUGGCCUACCAUUCAAAGCUUCAUGAUGGUAAGACUUACACCUGUGACAUAUGUGGCAAAUUAUUCAACCAUCCAAGCAAUCUCAAGACUCAUAAACUAAGGCAUGAGAAAAAGAAUUAUUACUGUGACAAAUGUGGGAAGGGUUUUCACACAAACUUUGCCCUGCUUAUGCAUGAUAAUCAGUCACACCGCAUGGCCAAGUCAUGGAAGUGUAAGCACUGUGGGAAGGCAUUCACAAGGUGUGCUGCAUUCAAGGAGCACAUCAGAAUCCACACUGGAGAAAAGCCCUUUGAAUGUAAUAUUUGUGGUGUCAAGUUUAGGAAGAUUCACCACCUGAAGACUCAUGCCAAGCAGCAUGAACCCAAGAUGCGGGACGGGCCCUUCAAGUGUCAUGAGUGUCCCAAUGCUGUUUUCCUUCACAAAAUAUCUUAUGACAGACACAGGAAGUUUAAACAUGGCCAUGAAACCCUCAUUACUGAAGGAAAUGUCUUCCUCCCUCCAGAAAUUGUUAUCAAAGGUGAAUACAUAGUGCCAGAGAGUGAGGGUAGAGUCGGGACUGGCUAUGUUCUUGAGGGUGGGAUAGAUGGAGUUGAGGGCAUUGAAAUGGUGGGACUGGAUGAAGGGAGCCUAGGAACAGGCACUCAGGGAGGACAGUGCAUCAUUGUCCUCUCAGAAACAGCAAAUGAUGAUGAUGCAAACAGCCAGGCCUUCCUGCAGCAAGUUGAGGUAGCUGAAGACAUCAAGCCACAAUUGAUUUCACAGGAGGAGGAGGAGGAGGACGAAGAGGAGGAGGAAGAUUCUGAAGUUCACGACUUUGAUGAAGCACAGCUAGCCAGCUUGCAGGAACACAUUCAACUGAAUGACCAGAUGACAGCAGCACAGCUCCAGCAGCUGUCUGUAGCCACCCUCGAAGGGGGAAAGUUCCAAGUACAGAUGGAUGGAGAAACAUUUGAUGUUUAUACUGUCAAUCCUACAGAGUAGACUGUUGACCCAAGGCAUGCUGUUCUGUGAAUAGCAUGUGUAAAUAGAUAAUUACAGAGUUUAAUAAUUCAAAUACAAUGUAUUUGAUAAUGGUUGUAUUGCCAGACAGAGGGUGUUGCUUCUGUUUUUUCUUUAUUUACUUUUUAAGAAAUAUUUUGUCUGGCUUGUCAUUGGUAACAUGCAACAUCCAUUCUUUUUGUACAAGACUUGUGAAAAUUUUUAAUAGGUUAAUUUGGUUUGGUUUUGAAAUUUCUGAUAACAUUUGCAUUAGUGGAAAUAUAUUCCCAUGUGGGCAAAGUGUAAAUGUUCUUUCCUAAUGUUUACAGGAGUUUUAUUUUGUAUUUGUUUGUGGUUUCAUGCCCCCCCCCCCCUAAAUUUCAGUGUACAUAUUGUAAAUAUAAUACAUAUUUGUAAAGUGAUUUGAAUAUAACAUUUGAAUAUGCUUAUUUUUCACAAUAAAA